AUGUUUAUGUGUCCAGUGAAGAGGCUCUUGCAAGAGGGCACAGGAAGGAACCCUGUCGCACACAGGAGGGAGAUGAAAUUCUGUUUCCAAACUUCCAAGAAACCAACAGCGAUUCAAAAGAUGAAUACUUCAGUGCGGAGGAUUUCACUCUCAGGUUCCUCUUACUUACUUCGCCUGGAUUGGAUCGGACCAGACCUAGGUUCAGGGUUUCAGCUGCUGCUGACUGAUGUUCAGAAUGCUUGGAGAGGAGAAGUUCUUGAGGCAGCUAUAUGUGAAGAGGCCAAGGAGCUCGAGACGAAUAAAGAACAAUAUGUCCGUGACAUCCACCAGGCCCUGACUGGUGCAGAGAGCUCCACGUCCUACAGCUUCACUCUCACUGGCAGUGGCACUCACGUUUCUCUGGCUUAUGAAAAGGUCCAAGAGGAUAUCUCUUUCAGGUUGGGGUCUGUAACACUAACGGCCCUCUCAGAUCCUGCUGAUGCGGUCAGAGACCUACUGUUUUACAGCAUGGAUAAGGGAAACUCACUGGAUCAACACAAUCACAAACUAGAGGAACAAAACUUGCGCUUAAGACAAGAGCAUCAGCGCAUUGUGUCACAGCUGAAGCAGUAUGCUAGAGAUAAAGAAGAACUGGAGUCGGAGCUGUACUCACGAUUUGUUUAUGUUCUCAAUACAAAGAAAGCAAAGAUUCGAAAUCUGAAAACAAUUCUUGCCAAUCUGCAGGAAGAAAGUUCUGAUGGAGAAAUGCAACAAACCCAAAAAGACGACGAUGAGGAUGAGUAUGGAGGAAGUACAGAUAAUGAAGCAGAAGAUGCAAAACCUAAAGCUGUCGUGAAGAGCCCUCCCAAGGAAUGCACUACCCCGACCCCACUGGACGACGAGCUCCGUGAUCUUACAGAUGUGGCUCCGUGUCGCAAGCGCCGCAUUCGUCACCUGGAAGCACCAUCAUUUCGACACAAGAGAAGGUCAUCAACAGGGAGAGUAGUGAAGAGAAGAGUAGAAAAGAGAAGGAGUCAGUCGCCCGCAGCCCUCAGUGUGCAGCAGGCGCCCCACUGCUCCUCAGAUGCUGCAGCAGCAACUUCUGAUGCUGAGGACCUGUUUGAGGACUUCUAA